AUGAAGAGAAUGAGGCACAACAACUACAACAACGAGAACAAGAAGCAGAAGAAGCCAAAGUUGAACUCGAUGACAGACGUCUUACUCAUGGAAAUUCUUAUUGACAUCUUUUCGAGACUACUCGUAAAUUCGUUUUGUUGCAUCAAAUGUGUAUCCAAGGCCUUGUUAAAGACGGUUGACGACCCUUUUUUUGCCAUACAACACAUGCGGCGUCGUAUUCUUACUAGUUGUACCACCGUUGAAGUUCCUCGACUGGUUCUUCAGUCACCCCACUGCUUUACUUGCCAUGGUGUUGAUUAUAAGAAUGGAAACACAUGCUUGUUGUUGGAUCCUUUCAAGGGAGAAAUUCUAAUGCUCCCAACAACGAGUGACGUACUUCAAGUUUCAGCCAACACUGUCUGCCGACAAGAUUCUUACGGCAUGGGAUUUGAUAAUAAAACAAACACCUACAAGAUUGUUCGUAUUUCGUACCAUCAUAAGUACAAAAAGGGCCAACUAAGCGAACUGACGACCGAAGUGCUUGUAUUGGGGACAAGCUCAUGGCGGGAGUUACCCGUCUGCAGAUGGAGACAUGCAUUGGUUGGUUAA